CUCAGUUGCCACACGACAGGAGGGCCAAACGGGCGAUUCGAGAGGUAUAAGACUAGGCUAAAGCCGUAUCCCUCAGAUACGAUAGACGGAUUGGCAAAUUAAUAAUAAUUAAACCGCUGCGUGACUAAAGCCCCCUCUCCCCCAAAUAUACCUCUCCUCUCCACGGAUUUGGCAAGCAAAAAAAAAAUAAAUAAACGAAAUAAUUCUCGAAAAUCUUUGUAUCUGUGUAUCGGAGAACUGAAAAGAGGCCGCCGUUUGGCGCUCUCGCAUCUCAGCUGCCAGUGGGCGAAAGACGCAACUGCUGCGACCUUGCAAUGCCCUUGAAUGACACUCUUAUUGCGACCAAGUCGCCAACGUUGCCACUCCAACGGGCGCUGCUGCCACGGCUGCCACUCAGCGCAGGCGGAAAUAAAAAUAAUAAUAAUAAUAAUACUAGAUAAAAUAUACAUAAAUAUAGAAGGCAAAAAACCAAAACACUCCGCUGAAUAAAAGUGAAAAUUUUAUCAACAUCAAACAAAAAUUUUCGCGUGCCUUCGUGAAAGCCGAAUAAUCCCGACGAAUCCUUUACCAAAAGCCUUAACCCAAAUAAUAAAACCAGUGUGUGCUAAAUAAAAGCAAAACAAAAUAACAUUUUAUAGCAAAUUGUCAUUCAUACUAAAAUUAAUAAGAAAUAAAGCCAAACAUAUCUGAAAAAUCCGACGAAAAGAAAGUGUUAUCUAACUAGCGCCCCCUGGCGGCAAGGUGUAUCUGAGUGUGUGUGUGCGGCGAAUAAAAGUGAAAGUUCUCGACUGGCGAGAAUAUCCUUCGGUAACCUUUCUCCCCCAAAACUGGGGUCACUUCCUUUGGCAUCUAAACAUAAACGACAACAGGGCACGCAAUAACCAAAAAGUGGGGACUUUUUGCAUAUAUAGUAAAUACAUAUAUAUAUAGCCAGAAUCGGUAUAUGUGGGCGAUAUUUAUGCCACAACUUUUGACAAGCAAUUCUUUUUAUUGCUACGCCGACGAGCGCGAGAAAAACGCUGGCAAAGGCCAAAAAGGAAACGCCUUGGAAUAAUAUUAAAACAUCAGAUAUUCCGCAGAUCGGUUGCAUUAGACACGACUGUGAGCUGACGUGACGUAAAUGAACGAUCCCGGCGAUAUACCACUGACACACACGAGCACGCCGGACAGCAGGCCGCCCUGCAGCAUCAUCUCCAUCAUACCCACCAUCGGGAUGUCCUCGUGCCGCGGAAGAGCCGAGGCAUUCGCGCGGAGUCUGUCCUCCAAGCUGCGCACCUUGGGAUCACAGACAACCGAGGAGGGCGAGGGCAAUGCGGAGGAUGAGCCCAUCAUCAAUGGAACCAGCACGAACACGUGGGUUAACUCCCACGACUCGGAACAGACGGUGACGGAUCUGCAGCCACUGCGCCAUGAAUCGGACUCCUUCUUCGACUUCGACUGCGAGCUGGAGUCGCCGGGAAGUCCGGUGGACGAGUGCGAGUACCUGCGUCUGAUCGAAACCGCCUCGAAUACGCCGCACAACUCGACGGCGGAAUCGGGCUACGCCUGCGCUUCAAUGGCCAGCAGUCACAGCAGCAGCACCGAUGGCCCCUACUUCGAUGCCACUGCAUCCGGAUCGGCAUCCGCACCCGCAUCCGCAUCCGCUUCCACAUCCACAGCUGCAGCUGCCCAGGACCAAAAGCUGCCAGCCUCGGAACUCAAGGAUUAUGUGAAUACGCUACAAAUAAACGGAAGGCAUGGACUGGUCAAUGGAUUGGAUGAGAAGGAGCAGCCAUCUGGCCAGGAUGCGACUCAGCAGGAGGAUGAGGCCUUCUUACAGGCCCAGAUCCUCAGUGAGCUGCAGCAACAUAGCAUCAGUUUGCGAGUCGAAGAGGAGAAGCUCACCAAUGGGCAUCUGGAGGAUGUAAAGGAACUGGAACUGGAUGAAGUUUUGGAGGUAGCUGGUACUACAAACAGAGCUCCAGAGGUGGAAGCACAUAAAGAAGUUUCUACUGAGAGGGUUGAGGAGUUAGCCUCCAGUAAGAUAACUCAAGAGGAAACCCCCUACGACAGAGUUCAAAAAGAAAGCUCCCAGGAGAGGAUUCAAAUAGAAACCUCGGAGGAGAGGGUUCAAAAAGAAAGCUUCCAGGAGAGAGUUCACGAAGAGGUCCUUAACGAGAGGGUUCAAGUCCAGGAAGAAACCCCCAAUAACAGAGUCCAAGAGCAAACCUCCAAUGACAGAGUCCAAGAGGAGACCCCCAACGAAAGGGUUCAAGAGGAAACCUCCAAUGACAGAGUCCAAGAGGAGACCCCCAACGAAAGGGUUCAAGAGGAAACCUCCAAUGACAGAGAUCAAGAGGAAACCCCCUACAAAUCUCCCACAGACACCUCCUCUGACAGAACCCCCACGGAGGAAGCCUCCUCCCCCGACAGGACAAUUCAGGAAACCAGAGACGUGGAACUCUCGCCGGAUAGUGGUGUAGAUGAAACAGACAAAUCGGCCAGCAAUCUCACCGUAAACGUGGAUCUGGCCCAAAUCGAACAGGCCAAACAAGAUGCCACCGAUGCCGUGGAAAAGAGUGGUGCAUCCCACAGCCAUGGCAUAGAUACCACAGAUGAUGAAGACGAUUGCCGACCCCAGCGGAUCAGACGUUGUUCCUCGCUGAAAACAGGAAAGACACCGCCGGGAACUCCAGGUCGCAAGAAGAUUGUGAGAUUCGCCGAUGUCCUUGGCCUGGAUCUGGCCGAUGUGAAGACCUUCCUGGAUGAGAUACCCACCAUACCGAAGUCGGCGUUUGAGGAUCUGGAGAUACUGGAGUCGGAACCGCCGCUCCAGCUGGGUCCCAAGUCCGAUAAGCUAUUGAUGCCACUGUUCCAGCAGCCAGGUGGCCUGCCCAAGUUCCUCGAUGCGGUCCGCGAGAAGCAGGUGUCGCUGGAGAAUGCCGCUGUUUCGGAUAACAUCAAUCAGACGAUAUCCGGAUCUGUGCGCGUGCGCAAUCUCGAUUUCCACAAGUCGGUGCACAUAAGGUAUUCGCUUGAUGGAUGGCGGAGCUAUGCCGAUUUGCAGGCCAACUACGUGGAGAACUCGUGCGAUGGCUUCUCCGACAUCUUCACCUUUGUCCUCUUCGGGAACUCGCUGCACGUGGGCCAAAGACUCGAGUUCGCUGUCAGAUUCCAAUGCAAGGGCCAACAGUUCUGGGAUAACAAUUAUGGGGCCAACUACUGCUUCCAGUGUCUGCCCAGUUCGACACAUACCACCGGCGGCAGCUCGACGGCAUCGCCUCCGUCCGUGGUGACUGGCGCCGUUACCUCCGGUGGUGGCCAUCCCAGUGCCAGUCUGGUCGGAUUGCUAAGCCCCACGGCGGGCGAUGCCUGGUGCAGCUCCUUCUACUAGGCGGUGGCGAUGGGUCCGCACUAAAAGCACUGGUCUAGAGUCCACAUCCCCCAUCUAGAAUCCGUUCCCCAACCCAAUGGCACGACACCAAGGUCUGGGAUUCCUCCCGCACCCUGACGUUGUGUUCGCGUCCCCGAAAUAAUUCGAACUCGAAUCCCAUCCCAAGUCCCAGAUGUCCGGCCAGUCAGAAAUCACAGAUCAGAAUACCUACCUUCGUUGGGCUACCUCUUCAAUAGGGUGUAUCGAUUUGUCACUAGAAUUCUGGGCGGGAUUGAAUAAUUUUUGGACAAUUCUAAGAUAGGAAUCAAAAACUACAACUAUUUCCUUAAGAGAAUCCUUACAACCAUAAACUUACGAAUUUCAAUGGCUUUUCUAAUAGCAAAAAGUCUUUAUAUUUAAAGACCCCUUUUCAAAAGUUGUUAUUAUCUGAGUUUUUAUUAUUUUCUGGUAUUUAAUACCUUAAAUAAACAAAUAAAACGGGUUAUAUAUGUGUAUGAUAUUCUAUAUAAUACCAUUUAAUAAAAAAAACACAGAUCAAAUGUAAGCUCUUGAAAAGAGACCUUUACCUAUACUUGAAGUGAAAGGACUUAGAACUGUCUACAAAUUACUUAAAACACCCAAUGAUUUUCCAGUUUUUGCACACAGAUAAAUCGAUUCACCCUACCCUUCUUUGAGAAGGAAAACAUUGUUUAUAUUUUUAUAGAAUGGAAAGGAUUGAAGGGUUUGAGAAAAAGGAAGAGGAGCUGUAAAACCAAUAAAAAAAGAGCGCCACAAAAAAAUUAAUUAAACAAACCAGAGUAGUGCGAAUGAGAACAAAAGCCAGCAAAGUUCGAAUGAAUCCCAAAGAUAGUUGUUAGUCGUAUGUUAUAAGAAGAGCAAGUGAUAACAAACUAAAAAUCAGAUCAGUUUCUUCAAUGUCUUCUUCUGUUUUCAGUUUUUUUACACCUUUUAUUUGGUUUGUUCCUGGGUUUGUUUGCCAGUUGGAUCGGGUUCGUAAGAUUGGAUUUCUGCCAGUUGAUGUACUCUUAAAGAAUUCAUUUUUGUGAGAUGAUUAAUUGCGAUUAAUCCUAGUUCACCAGCAGUUUUGAGAUGUAUAUUAGAGCUUAGCACCAUUUAUAUACUCUUCGUUUCGUAAGAGCAAGUAUACGAUUAGCUCAUUCGACAAUUGCCAGAUCAUUUUAUAUUCUUGCUUUAUAGAUCCAUUCGAGCACAGAGACCAUGUCAAAAGUUAACUUUAACUAACCAACAUCCAUUAUCUAGUCAAUUCGAGUUUACUUUUGCCACAAGCCCGACUAUUUUCAGUUCCAAAGAAAAUGCUCCAAUCCUAUGAUCUUUUUUCCCCGAUCGGAAAGACUUUUCCAAGCCAUCUGACACAACAGACAAACCUUAACUUUUGUUUCUCUUAAAUGUUGAUAUUCUUCUAAUGUUUGAUUUUUUUAAAUAUUCUUUAAUUUUAUUUUAAACAAUUUCAAUAUUUUUUAUGUAUAUGUUGAUGCGUAAUAUAUAUCGUAAUAUUAUAUAAAUAUAUAUAUACAAAAUAAAAUAAAUAUAAAAUUUAGUUAUUUCUCUUUUGUUGAUUCUUUUACUUAUCUUUGUUUCUUUUCAAAAUAAUAAAAACGAUUCGAACUCUUCUUAGCCACAACAGAACCUUAAAUAGCCUAUAUCAGGGAUAAACAAACGAAUAACUACUUAUAACAAUUAAUUGCAAACGCAGCUACCUCAAGGUUUUCCGAGCGAAAACACGAAAAAGAGAGAAUAAUAGUUAAACAAAAUAUAUGAUUAAAAUAAAAUAACUAUUAAAUAUGUUUAUUGCAUAGCAAACAUGUGUAAAACAAAAAAAAACAAAACAACAAAUAAAAACGAACUUUAAAAGUUACAACUAUUUACAUAUAUGUUAAAGUAGCAGAAACCUCAGAAAAAUUACAGAUGUCCCCCCAAUCCAAAAUGACUUAGACUGAAGCGUGAGUUUUUCGUGAGAAGAGCGAAGAAAUGUUAUGAGAUCUGCCCAAAAACCAGAAAUUUGUUAAGGUUUUGUGUGGGCGGGGCUUUUGUCAGCAUGAGUUCCACUUCACACCAACAAAAGAAUAAUAAAGAACCCACAAUAAAAUAAUAAUGCGAACAGAAA